AUGAAUGAUAAUGAUUCAUCUGAAAAAACAUUUUGGGAAGAAAGUGGAUGCAUCUACACUUCUUACAACUGGACGCAUGUGAGAUUGUCUCACGUGCGAGGAAGAGUCGUGGAAACCUUGGCUUGCGAAACGCUGAAUUGGCAACGCGAAACCAAUCAUAAUCACAAUGUCAUCAAAUCAGCGUCUUCCACUUCCUGCUGCGCAAAGAUGCUCUGCAUUUUGGGAAAGCCGAAAAAGACACACCCUCACACAUACGACAACGAACACACGACAGCGACAGCGACAUCCUCGACCACGUGGCUGCAUCAAACGCGAGCAAAACGCCAAAAGGAACAUACGCAUCACGGGUCGUGCGACGGCUUCUUCUGCGCCGUUGAUGGCAGCACCCCACGUGAUGUGUUCGUGACGUGGCGUGAAUCUAAUGGCGUGGUGGUGGUUACGGGGUUGCCGUUUGAGAGCAACAGGUGUCGUUGCGAAAGUGAAGGGAUUUUAUGCCUCGCAAUGAUGCGCUCUAGGGUUUGUCGUUUUGUUCAGAAGUAUAGGAGACGUGGCAAAUCCUCACCUCAAUGUUCAGAAAUGGAAUCAAUUUACAAUGAUGAGUAUCUUAUUAAGAAUCUGAGACUAACACAAAAAAUGGAACUUUUGCAGAAUGGCCACAAAACCAAACCCUCGGAGAUACCCCUCGUCAAUGGAACCGCCCUGACUCACCUCAACUCGCUCUUCCAAACUCACUUCUCCGGCAACAUCGAUCCUUCCAGAGCUUUUGUCUCCAAGGUCAAGCGUCUCAUUGUAAAGGUUGGAACAGCUGUUGUUACUCGAAGUGAUGGAAGAUUAGCGCUUGGAAGAAUUGGAGCUCUUUGUGAGCAGCUUAAAGAACUUAGCAGUCAAGGAUUUGAAGUCAUAUUGGUAACUUCAGGUGCUGUUGGCCUUGGCAAACAAAGACUUAGAUAUCGCAAAUUGGCCAAUAGCAGUUUUUCUGAUCUUCAAAAGCCACAAAGUGAGAUUGAUGGAAAAGCAUGUGCAGCUGUUGGACAAAGUAGUCUCAUGGCUCUGUAUGAUACCAUGUUCAGCCAGCUUGAUGUGACUUCUUCCCAACUUCUUGUGAAUGAUGGAUUUUUUAGGGAUGCUGGCUUCAGAAAACAACUUUCAGACACAGUGAACUCAUUGUUAGAUUUAAGGGUUAUCCCCAUUUUCAAUGAAAAUGAUGCUGUUAGUACUAGGAAAGCACCAUAUGAGGAUUCUUCUGGUAUUUUCUGGGACAAUGACAGUUUGGCUGGUCUAUUAGCCUUAGAACUUAAAGCUGAUCUCCUUGUUUUAUUGAGUGAUGUUGAGGGCCUUUAUAGUGGUCCUCCAAGUGACCCAAAUUCAAAGUUGAUUCAUACAUAUAUAAAAGAGAAACAUCAAGGGGAAAUUACUUUUGGAGACAAGUCAAGAUUGGGCAGAGGGGGUAUGACUGCUAAAGUUAAUGCUGCUGUUUGUGCUGCUCAUGCUGGUAUCCCUGUCAUUAUAACUAGUGGCUAUGCUACAAACAACAUCAUUCGGGUUCUUCAAGGGGAAAAAAUAGGUACUGUCUUUCAUAAAGAUGCUCAUUUAUGGACCAAUAUAAAGGAAGUAAGUGCACGUGAAAUGGCAGUUUCAGCACGUGAGAGUUCUAGACGACUUCAGAUCCUCAAAUAUGAAGAAAGGAGUAAAAUAUUAUUGGCAAUUGCUGAUGCAUUGGAGAAAAAUGAAAGUAUAAUAUGUCGAGAGAAUGAAGCUGAUGUUGGUGAUGCUGUGACUGCUGGAUAUGAAAAUUCUCUGAUAUCACGUUUAUCCCUGAAGAAUAAGAAGAUCUCUAGUCUUGCAAAGUCUGUGCGCAUGUUGGCAGAUAUGAAAGAACCAAUUGGUCAAAUUUUGAAAAGAACUGAGCUAGCAGAUGAACUCAUCCUGGAGAAAAUAUCAUGUCCUUUGGGAGUCCUUCUGGUUAUAUUUGAGUCUCGACCUGAUGCCCUUGUUCAGAUAGCUGCAUUGGCAAUUCGAAGUGGGAAUGGUUUACUGCUUAAAGGUGGAAAGGAAGCUCGACGAUCAAAUGCAGUCUUACACAAGGUCAUUACUUCGGUGAUUCCAAAUACUGUAGGUGACAAACUUAUUGGGCUUGUGACUUCAAGAGAUGAAAUUCCAGACCUACUUAAGCUUGAUGAUGUGAUAGAUCUUGUGGUUCCUAGAGGCAGUAAUAAGCUUGUUUCUCAAAUCAAGGAAUCAACAAAAAUUCCUGUUCUUGGACAUGCCGAUGGAAUUUGUCAUGUAUAUGUCGACAAAGCAGCUAAUAUUGAUAUGGCAAAACAGAUUGUUAGAGAUGCAAAGACUGAUUAUCCUGCAGCCUGCAAUGCAAUGGAAACUCUUCUUGUACACAAGGAUCUAUCAAAUAAUGGUGGACUUAAUGAGCUUGUCCUUGAACUCCAACGUGAAGGUGUUAAACUGUAUGGUGGACCAAGAGCCAGUGGCUUACUAAACAUUGUUGAAACAAGCAGUUUUCAUCAUGAGUAUAGUUCACUUGCUUGCACAGUUGAAAUUGUAGAAGAUGUGUUUGCUGCCAUUAACCACAUACAACGACAUGGAAGUGCUCAUACUGAAUGCAUUGUUACAGAAGAUUGUGAAGUUGCUGAGACUUUCUUGAGUCAAGUUGACAGUGCUGCUGUUUUCCACAAUGCAAGCACACGAUUUUGUGAUGGAGCACGCUUUGGGCUUGGUGCUGAGGUUGGAAUUAGCACAAGUCGAAUUCAUACACGAGGUCCUGUAGGAGUAGAGGGCUUGUUGACAAACAGAUGGAUUUUGAGAGGGAAUGGACAUGUGGUUAAUGGUGAUCAAGGGAUCAAUUACACUUACAAAGAAUUGCCACUAAAAGCAUAA